CCCUCCCCACCCCCUACUGCUGCAGGCUUCCUCCCUUCAUCCCCCCAUCCUCCCCCGCCUCCUGCCCCGCAUCCCUCCCUCCCGCAUCCCUCCCUCCCGCAUCCCUCCCUCCUGCAUCCCUCCCUCCAUCCCUCCCUCCUUCCCUCCCUCUGCCUGCGCAGAGCCGCGGACAUGGCGCUCAGCAAUUUCCUCUUUGCUCAGUGCAUCUGUUACUUCCUGGCCUUCCUCUUCAGCUUCAUUGUGGUGGUACCGCUCUCGGAGAACGGCAAUGACUUCCAUGGCCGGUGCCUGCUCUUCACCGAGGGCAUGUGGCUCAAUGCCAACCUGACGGUGGAGAGACAGCGCUUCACCGUGCAGGAGUGGGGGCCUGAGGCCGCCUGCCGCUUCAGCAUCUUCACCGGGCUCCUCUCCCUGCUGCUGGCCACAGUGCAGGCCUGGAGGACCCUCUUCUUCCUCUGCAAAGGACACGAGGACUCUUUCUUUUAUGCCUUCCUGAAUCUGCUGAUCAGCGCCUUUGUGGUGUUUAUCACAUUUAUUGCUAGCACUAUAGUGAGUGUAGGAUUUAACAUGUGGUGUGAUGCAAUUACUGAAAAAGGAAGCAUGCCAAAUAGCUGUGAAGAAUUACAGGAUAUAGAUCUUGAACUGAACUUAGAAAACUCUGCUUUCUAUGACCAGUUUGCUAUUGCACAGUUUGGUCUCUGGGCUGCCUGGCUGACUUGGCUGGGAAUUACCAUUCUGGCUUUCCUGAAGGUUUAUCACAACUACAGACAGGAGGACCUGCUGGAUAGCCUGAUCCAUGAGAAGGAGCUGUUGCUAGGAAGAUCCGCUUCACGAACCUCUUUGCAAGAUGAGAAAAGUGGCAUGAUCUAAAGUGUAAGCAAAUUUCCAGGGCAGGAUCUAGAUUUUAUUAUUCAAUCGUGUGAGCUGAAGCUGAGUCACAGUACUGAGUUGUGUGAGAUUUUUUCUUUUCUGAAAAGAGAGGUACUUGCGAAGCACCCACCUCCUCCAUGAUAAAUUGUUGGCAGAAAUACUUACAAUUAGGAUAGAGAGAACGAACGGCCGCAUGUGCCACUGGCACAGUAAAGUUUCUGUCCUGCUCAGGCACAGUCUGUAACCUGCUCUUGCUAGCAGAGCUUCUACACGCUAUCCCUGGCUUUCAGGACACGGGCCAUUUUUGAAGACUGAGCUGGCAAGACCAGGUUACAUUCCAGACUGUUUCUUCAUUCUGAAAUGACAGUUGUAACUGGGGCUGUGUCUAGUUCCUCUUCUCUCUUUCUCCUCCCUUUUGCCAGUAAAGCUUCCCCUAUUCUCACUUUAUUCUGGGUAAUUUCAGCUCUUGUCCAGGUACAGACUCUCGCUGUCUCUGCUUUUGCUAUGUAUGAAUACAGUGCAGACAAACCUGUUGCUCCUGCUCUGAUUUCGAGUUCAUUUAGAACAGAGGCCUAUGUUCCAGACUUGAUAUUUAAUGUUGGACAGUGUUAAUGAAUUCCAUUAAACCACUAUAAUAUUACAGCACCUGUCAAAAAAUGUGUAUCAUUUUGAAGGAUGGUGGAGAAUUUUUGUGGUUUUGUUUCUUCUUAGAUUUUGGCAUGACCAACGUUUAUUAUGACUCCUGAAAUAUAGUGUAGCUAGCAAUUGCUGAAGCUUGCAUACUAAGAAAUUAGGCUGAAUAGAUAGCAUUGAUGCUUGUGCAUUUAUAUAUGUAACUUGGUCCCUAACAUUGUAUGCUAUUCAGUUUUGAGUAUUAGAAUUUACUUGUGGUAUUUAUUCCAUAUAGAGUAUACAAAAUUACUGUAAACAUUUGCAUUGUGUGUAUCUCUAUAUAUCUAUAAACAUAGCAAGGAUCUUGAACAGCUGAGUUAUUUUAUAGGUAGUUCAGUGUUGAAUGGGUCCGUUCUCCCCACUCAUGGACAGGAGUUCCAGGGCUGAUGAAUUUUGUUGUGAAAAGCGAGAACUGUUAUCUACACAAAGCUCACUAGUGACUUCAUUGUUACUUUCAGUUUUGCUUAGCCAGUGCUUCAACAAUUAAGGUGGAUGGCUGAGGUGAGAAGUAGAUCUGAUAAUUAAGAAGAUUCGCUCGGAUGAGCGUGGGAUUUGCACGGCAGUGAAGUAAAGCUGUACUAGAAUUAGGCAGUUGUCCCUGGGUAUGCAUUUUACAGAAAGGCCCUGAUUCAGCAGAAAACUUAAGCAAUCGGUUAGGUUUAGGCUGAAGAAGAUUUUCUGGUAGUACACUUGCCUGUGCCUGUGGCAGCUGCGUUUGAGUUGAGACUGAAUUUGCUGCGACGUGAGUGCAAAACAUGCACAACUAUAUCGCCUGGUAAAUAAGAAGGAGGGGAGAGAAGACAGCAGGCUUCCAUCCCAUCAGAUCUCAAGUCUGGGGCUGGCACAACCAUGCAGAUUUAUUGUUGUCUUCUGGGGACUAUCUGAUGCUUAAAGUUUAGUAUGGGCUAAAGCGUUUAGUUGAAACAGAAUUUGAAUUCAUAACAAAUCCCUGAAUUAGUAAGCAUAUUAGGGCAGAAAAACUAACAUUACGUUCAACAUCCAAAUUGUUCUUAUAGAUUUAGGGAAAAAACCCUCCAUGUUCUGUAAGCAGUGAGUGGCCCUAUGAACAUUACUUAUAGUUCCAGCUGGCCACAGCUGUAUGUAGAGAGAUCUUGUUUUUCAGCAUGAUUUCUGCCCACAAGGGAAUUAAAUUGCUUUGAAAGUUCUGCGGCAGUGGCUUUUUUGUACCUGUGAAUUGACCUCAGAGGAGAAGUUCCUAGAGAAGGAAUCAGAGAUCAAGUUUUAAUAACAAUUUACUCUUUAGAUAUAAGGACUGUUGGAGUGUCUUUUUUUGUUCAGUUGAUCUAAUAAGAGAGACACACUUGCAGAUACCUAAGCACUUUUCCAGGGCAUGACCUUCCCCUUCAUACCCUGAAGGAGAGUUUGGGUCUUGAAAGUUAGCCUGAUUCCUAUGUUUUCCCAGUUGCAUAUUCCACUGUAAAGGACACUACUUCUCCUUCCAAUCUCACUUUGAAUUUAAGAUUCAGGAUUGAUGUCUCUUCCCACAAGUUACUUCAGUGCAUGCCUUACUCCUCAUAUGUAGCCAUGAUGAUGCUUUGUGUAUUAUAUUUUAUGUAUGUGUCAAAUCAGGCUUAGGCUGAAGUAAUGUGUGGGUUGGGACCACUGUUCCUGGUCUUGCCUGGGAGUUUGAAGAACCAGGAGGCAGAAGAUAGCAAGUGUCACCUCCUCAUCCUGGAUCUGAGAUACCAGGGCUCAAGCCUUGUCUUUGGUUCUGAGGAAUAAGAUGCUGCUCAUUGGUGAGGUUGUCUGAAGUUCAUGAUGUCUUCUACCUCUCUUUUCUCCCAUCUCAAAGUUUUUUUCCCCUUUCUACUUCCAUGAGAAGCAUCAAAGACUGGUCCUGGAGUUUCUACUCUUGUUGACUUUUGUGGUUAGUGUUUUCAGUAGCAUUUGUCACCCUGACACUAUCUCCCUGACACUACCUUCAUUGCUCUGCAGCUCCGUAGACAAAAAGUGCGAUCUUUAAAGCACCUGGGGCAACCAGGAUCCCACCUCGAAGUAAUAGUCAAUAGAAAUGAAGUACUUCACUUUGGCCUUUGAAAAGUUCAGCCCAACACACGUACAUUUACAGACUCACCUUUUAACUUUGUCAUCAAAGCUUAGCCUCUUUAACUCACUUACCUGUGUGAAUUCUUCUAAUUGCAGUUGCAUUUCAGUGCCCAUGAAUGCAAGCAUCUUGGCUGUUGGAGUUGGCACGUAAACUGAAAAGAGGCUGAGUCUCUUCUUUGAGUCCCACAUGCAUCCUUGUCUUUUUUUCCAGCUUCCCUCACUUGACCAGGUGGGAUGAGGCUGGCGCCCAGCUUGCAAGCAUCAGUGAUGCUUAAAAGAAAAGCUAGUUUUGAAGGAAGCCCCUGGACAGGUGAGAGGGCACAGUGUGUAGUGAGAAGCUCUCUGGCUGACUUGAGGGGAGGAAGGGUUUUGUUAAAUGCCCAGUUAUUGGACCUGCCUGGGCUUUUUUGUUUGCAUUUAUCUUUCUGCACCCUCUUCUCCUAAAGCUUGGACACACAGGCCAACCUGGUGAUGCCAGGCUGAAAAUGUGUUAGAAUAAUGGUUUUAUUUAUACACACAUAAAUACAUACCUACCUAUUCUCUCUCUCACACUUCACUUGUACAUUUCUGAUCUCUGCUUUUAGUCAUACCACACAGUGUGGCUGCAGUAUAAGUUUCUGUGAGUCAAAUGCUGCAUUUCUGUGAUAUUUCAAUGACUUCUUUAAUUAAACAUGUUCAAAAGGAGGCCUUGGGGAACACUCUAGCAAGAGGAGUAUUCAAGGAACUAGAACCCUGUGUGGUAUUUAUAUUGUAUUUAGUUAUUGUCACAUGGUGGAAGGGGAAAAAACUUUGUGGCCUUUGCCCAUGCAGUCCUUCCUGCUGCAGCUCAUUGCAAAACUGUGAACCAUUCUGGUGGAAAAUGUGGGAUGCAAUUGUUUAGUCAUCGUGUUCCCUGUGAUGCUAAAACCACAGUCUAAAGAUUUUGUUUUGGACUGUGAAAAUUGCUAACAGUGCAAGGAGAGCCUUACUUGGUUGCAUGCAACUAGACACUGCUUUCCAAGGUGCUAGAGUGUUGCCACACAAUUAUUUUGUUCUACCGAAUAUAUUCCCCACAUCCUGGCCACCAUCUGUGUUUAAUUUCCCUGUCAAGUCCCUGCCAGCAGUCCACAUUGGUUUAGAAAAAUCUGAGAUAACAAGUGUCAUCUGAACUUUCAGAUCAAUGCUGUUUAUUAUUAUUUUUAUAAUGGAGAAACAAUUUAUUUUUUUGUAAGAGAAUUUUCUCAUAAGGGCACAAAUGCUCAUAACAUUUUAUCCUACAAAUUCAUGAACUUUCAAUAGGAUCUGCAAAAAUAAAUGUGUGAUGGUUUACUUUAAAACCUGAAGAACACAGGUAUGUUAUGACAAUGUUCCUGGUGUCUCUUAGCAAACUGGUUGUUAUAAAAACCAGUGAUGGAUGCUUGAAUGUACAGACCUGGUCAUGAAAGCAUUCCGUGUCAGAAAGGUCGUGUAUGUAUGCAUGUACAAUGUACAGAGAUAUAUGCCAGAAAUAAUUUCACUGCUCUCCUGUGAUGUGGAUUUAGGCUCUUCUCUUAACAGGCAACUUAGGUCGGAGUAGUUGUUAGGUUGCCUUAACUUUCUACACUGCUUUUUUCUUAUUUAGUAUUAAGAUCUGUGCAAUGAUACAUAGGUUAUGGAUACCCAGAGGUGGAUGUGGAAUAGGAAAGUACUGGCCAGUGCACAAUUUCCCAAGUGCUGAGAUGGGUUCCUCCUGCAGGUUUGCAGAUGUUUUAAUUCCUACCCUAUCUCUGGCUAAAAUCCUGAUGUUAGCCUGUAGUAGUCCUGUUAGGAACAAAGAGUCACAUUUCCCUUCAAGGCCUUCCCUCAUCAACACGAAACACUGUCGAUUUAACCUAUGUAGCAUUCAGGAUGGAAGCAGAGCUGCAAGGAACAGGAGCACACACUUUACAGUUAUACUGCAUGAGCAGGGGGUACUUUUCCCCUUAUUCAGGAAUUAUGCACCACGGACUCCUAAAUGACCAAGGACCCUUGAAUGAACACGGUCCUGUUAUUAAUUGAUUUAAAAUAUGAACUUGCAGGUGACAAACAGAAGAUAUUUUGAUAGCAGUGUCAAUCCUUCUGUUGCUAUACCAUGCUCUUCUGCAACACAGUACAAUAUGCUGGAUGAAAAGAGCCAGUGUGUGCAUUGUAAAGAGCCAUUUAAUUACUCUUAGAAAAGAUAAGGUGAGAAAGAGGAAAAAACAUGUAUUUGUAACACAGUUAUUUAGUAGUAGGAGUUUAGAUGGGAGAAUUAAUUUGAAAACUUAUUGUCUUAAUGGUUGAAGAAAAUCAGGCAGAUCUUUGGUGUAGCGAGUUAGUGUGUAGCUCUUGAGGGACAGAAGGUCUAAGCUGAUUUAUGUUGUCUGAGAAUCUCACUCUCUGUAUUAAAAGUAAUCUGAAAACUCACCUUAAGAAAUCAUGUGCACUUGUCCUGUUUCUUCUAAAUCCCCUAUGUAAACAAGGGGUUAGAACACCCUAGGCUGUGUUAUUCUCUGAAAUGGAGGACUAGACAGGGCCAACUGAUUCCUGGUUUGAGGGCUUUGGGGUUUCUUGGUGCAAUGACUGUUGCAUGUGAAGUGGAUGACUGGUUAGGAGAGGGCACUCAGGGUUCACCCCAACACCUGAAGGCUCCCGUCAGUGAGAUACAAAGCCAUGCUUCACCUUCAUUUGUCUUCCAGAAUCUUUUAUUCUUUGUCACGUAUUGGUCCAAUCUCAGUUGUUACCACCUCAUGCACUUAGUCCUUAGGUAGAUGACUGGAGACCAUCACCUGAGAAAUGGGGGAUGUGCAUAGGAGUCUCUUCAGGCUGCUCAGAGUGCAGAGCAUGGGGUACCCUGGCUAGGGAAGUGCGAGCCACAUGCCAUUGUGUAGGCUUUAUGCAGGAAACAGGGUUUCUACACAACCUCAAAUCAUACACCGAUCUAUGUGACGGGUCUCAGAAAACGCAAUAUCAGAUGUGCAAAUUCAGAAUGCAGUGCAAGAAAAUACAUACAAACCUGGUGUUUGGGUGAAUGUGGCUUUCAUCAUCUCUCUUCUCCAAAACCCCCCAUCUCAAACAUAUUACAUGUAAAAUCACUUUUACUAUUUAGGUAAUAAAUAUAACAAAAUUUCAGACAGCUAUUUAUACUAGCAAGACUUACUCUAUUUUGUGACAAACCAAUAUGUAUUUUGACAAAACUUUUGUCUUUUCUUCUAAGUCAAUGGCCUGGGUGUGAACAUCCUUCAGCUAAUGGGAAUCCGGUAUAUAUUCAGAUCCUAAGUUUGUGUCUCAGGUUAUUUCCUUUGCUGAUGGAAAUAACCCAUUUUUAUCUCAUCGGAAUGUUUGCUUUGGAGACCAUAAAUAACCUUUCCUUAUACUUAGGCAGUCUGGGAAGAGAGGCAGGUUUUACCUGGCUAGUUUCCACACAUGCAUGUAGCAAGAAAAUGCUCAUAUGACUUCAUGAGCACUGAAAUUGUUUUAGAAUUAGUUGUGUUCAUGGUCCUAAUGCCUUGAAGUGCAUGUUUCUAUUUUUAUCCUCAACAAGAAAGAGGGAAACUAACCUGAGCUGUGUCUUUCCAUUCUCUUGUUGUGAAGAGUAUUUACAUAGCAGUGCUUUCUCUUUAGUUUCUUUUGUCCAUGCCAAAGAGUGUAAUUGAACUGCUAUUGCAAACAUAGAUUAACGUGAAUGUAUUCACCUGAGUGCUUAAACUUUUCUACCUCUCAUAACUACUAUAACUUCUUAAACUGUUAUUGCACACAAUAGUCAAAAGAACUGAAUCCAUAUGAGAGUCUAAAUCCUAUUUUCAUAGAUAGCUAAAGGAUUUAGUAUUUAAUGUUUAUUAGCUUCCUGUCAGAUCCUUGAUCCUAAAAAAUGGGCAUAGGCACCCAAGAAGGGCUAUCUGAAUAUCCCUUUUGAUUGAUCAAAUAAUGAUUUUUUUGUUCUUCAUGUUUUUUUAAUAUUUUUUAUUUCACAAAAAAAAAAAAAAAAAACAAAACCCAGCAACUGAGAUUUGUUAGACAUGGAAAGUUAUACAUGACCUAAGAAGUUGCAUUUCAUAGGGAUGGCAGAAAGCAUUGAGCUACUUGUUAAAUGCCUGUAAAGCUCCUUCACCAACCCUCCCCACUGGCAGGUAACUAUGAGGCAGAGGUUUAAUUUCUCCCCCUGCCUUGGGAGACACAAGCCUCUAUCUGCAUGGCAAAUGCUGCUGCCAUGGUGUUAUCCUGGAUUCCUCUCAAAUCCUCCUGCUGAAGCUCUUCUACUUGUCUUGAAAUUCCUAAAUAACCAUGUUUUAUUCUGGCAGUUCUGGUGUUUAUCAAGGAGAUAAAGUACUUGGCAGCAAGAGCUGCUCACUGAAAUACCCUGACUUAUUUGUAUACAGUGGAAACCUAAUUUGAGAAGUUUUUGUUCCCCCUUCCCACUUGUCUAUGUUCUAAAGUGAGGACUGGGACAAUCUGUCAGGAUCUGGGAAUGAAGAUUCAUGGUUACUGUUGAUGUCUUGGGUGAUUUCUCAUACAAAUGUGUAAACAGUAAUGUGACAAAACUACUCUUUAUCUCCUCCUUACUUCCCCUCAUUUCCCCCCAGAUUUGGGCAAGUUUGACUCCAGUUUGUAUACAGGUUCUGAAGAGUAUUUAUGAAUGUGAGAAAAACUGCAGCUUCUAUGACAAACUUUACCUUUUGUCAAAAAAUAAGAAAAAGUGCUGCAGAUUUUCCCUGUUCUCACUUGGGCUCUCUGGGGUAUGUCAAACUCUUCCCUUUACAUAAGCCAGGCCUGAUUUGGGUGAUAUGUUGCUCAAGGAGGUUCCCAAGGCUGGUGCCAGCAGCCCCUUGAGGAACCUGGUGGAAUUAGAUCAGUGCUAUGUUAAACCAUAGAUUUUAAGGCAGGGAAAUGUUUGAAAAUCUUCUGUCAUGGUAUCCCACAUUAACACAGUCCAGAGCUCUUCACUCACUAACUCCUGCAGCAAAGGGAAUUAUUUUUCCCCGUUAACACUGUGAAGUCCAAUAGUUUGUGUCUGAAAUACAGCACAUCUUUCUGCAGCCCACUGGAUCUUGAUCACAUCAGUUAACCCAUUCCACUUUCUAGGCUGCUACAACACUUUUAACUGUCAUUGUUACAACAGUGUUCAACAUUUGACUUCAAAAGGUGCUAACAGUCUCCUUAUUAAACCACAGUUUACUGGAGUUGCAAGCAAUUCUUUUGCUAAAUGGUGCCAAGAAGGUCCAUGCUGAACAGCAUCCUUCUGGGGGAGGACCACUGCAUUGGCAUCCACAGCCAGUGCAGACUGAUGGUUUUACAGCAAUUCUGGUCAAAUAUUCUCUGAAUAAACCUAUUGCUGUUUUUCAGUCCAAACUACACAAUUGAGAAAUCAAUAUGCUGUGAUCUGAAGUACACUCCUAAGAGCUUUUUGAAGGUUUAUAAAUAAAACAACAACAAAAAAGCCCAACAGUUCCACUGACAUCUCAUUCCCUUGGAUCCUUUCAUCUCCAAAAACAUUCCUGCAAACUUCACAGAGGGUUUUAUUGAUGUCAUGCUGAUCAGGCCUAAUUUCUCAUGUCUCUUCCUACUGGGGACAAAGACUGCAGAGGGGGACAGGAGAAUGCCAUAAACCAGAAGAGAAAUAGGUAGUGAGGAGAGCUGUGAGUGCAUUUCCUUUGAGGGAUUUCAGCUUACAGGCUGCAAUGUGAGGGAUCCCACAUGGCAGCACCUGUGCAGGCAGUGCUGACACCGAUUUCAGCCUUCGCUUGGCCCUCUCAGAUGCUGCCUGCUCACGUGGCUUCACAAACUGCAGAGCAUCUCCUUGAAGCAUGUGUUGGCCUAAAAUCAGUUUCUGGAGAGAGCCACCUGUGUCAGCCGUGCAGUUAUCUAGUGUAAAGGUGCUGGCAUUGCCACCAAAUGUGGAGUGGCUGCUUUGGAAACCUCUUCUUUCCACAUUGGCAGAUCCAGACAGCCUGCAGCUGGCCCUUUGCCCUGUGCAGCUUGUGGCUUGUGUGGGGGAAGGAAAGUCUGUUCCCAAAUCUCUGUAGACUUGCCAUUUUUUUAAAAAUAGCUCAUUAACACUCAUUGUUUUAAAAGGUUUGGGUUUUUUGUGUGGUACAACCUGAAAAGAUCAGUCUCUCUGAAAUGUAUGUCCUGUAACUUACAUAUUCAUGAGCUACUGUCUCUUCUUAUGGACACAUAGAAAAAGCUUUACAAGAGUCUAGAUUAACUAUUGUGUUAUGCUGCUAAAGAGGUCCCCGUGUAAUGGGUAUUUGGGGACAAAAGUGAACACUUUUCAUAAUUUGUUUAACUGCUGAAAGCAGUAAAGGGGCAGAUCCUUCGCUGGCAUAUAUAGUUUAGCUUUGUGAGCUGUGCUGGAGUCAUGUCAGUCCAUACCAGCUGAGAGUAGAGCCUGGUCUGUUCUAAAUGCUAUCUCUCUUGAUUUGUAUGGUCUUUUGCAGCAUAAUGACUGCUAAUUUGGAGCUUUAAUUGCAUGCAUUUGACAGAAACAGAAUUUGAGUGAGGUUUAUUAUUGUUUUGAUACAGUCUCAAAAGGGAAGCUUUUUACUAGCAUUUUAAUAUAGCCCUUUGUAAACACCUAGCAAAGAAAAAUUCUAAGUCCAAUCCUUCUACUAAUAGAGUCACUGACAAAGUUUCCUUUGGCUUUAGUAGGAGCUGGGCUGGGUUCAGUAUAAGUGAUACACUCUAGUGUUACUGAUAAUGAGUUAACGUGUUUUAUAUAUUGAUGCUUUUUGCUGGACAGUGCAUUGGCUUUUUAUGAUUUAGUGAUAUAUGCAAAUAAAUUAUUUGAAAAGUCAA